AUGAUUAGGGUAGAUCAAUUUAUCAAUUCACGCCAAUUUGAGAUUAAGCAAUUGCAAUUUGCAAUGCAGAGUUCUAAAACUGCCAGUGCCACCAGGGUGUUUCAGGCUUUGCCCAGAAAACUACGUAGGAGAACAGCAUCUCACAACGUCAAACGAAUUCCCAAGCGAAUGAGGAAUAGGGCGUUGCGGGAAAUGCAAAAAAAUGAACAGAUUCAAACAGUCAAGAAGGGAAGCACAACUUCGAAUAAGCUCAAGAAGCACAAUGGACUUACUCCAGCAAAAUUAUACAAGGCAAAAAUGGCCGUAAAACUUCUCAGAUUGGCAAGCAAAUCCACAUCUAUGAAACUUGCCUUGCCUAAUGAGGCAGUGGCUUCCAAGUACAAUUUACGGCAGCGUAUCAAGUCCCUUCAGAAGUUGAUAAAAGAAGCCAGGAAUAACGGCCCUGAUGUGAAGACAGUCAAUAACAGUCUAGGCAAUUAUGAUAAUACUGGGAUUAAUGCUCUUGCUCCCAUCCCAAAGGGUCGUAUAAAAUAUUGUAAAAGGCAACGAACGUUUACUUGGCUACCGACUCACAUAUGGAACGCAAAAAGAUCACACAUGAUGAAAAGAUGGGGGUUUAGCAUUCCAUGGUCCCCCACACAGAAAUGCUUUAAGCUGACCCACAAUAUUGGUGGUAAACACGCCACAUCUGACGGUGCAUUGUGCAUGGACACUUCUUUUAUUGGCACAAUGACAAUAAGGGAUUUGGACCCGAGCGGAUCCAACCUCAAAAAUCUAGUCAAAGCAAUGACGAAAGGGAGGGGUCUUUUGAACAAGUUCUUCAAGUCCAAAAACCUAUUCGAAGGAUUGAUGCAUGAUUGGGACUCAGAAGAUAAAAAUAUAGUGAUAGGUCCCUGUGACAUGCUAUGGUUAAGUGGGAACAGUAUUUUACUCAGACUUCACCCAGCUUUGUACCCCAUCGUAUUCAAUAAACUUAUCCAGAGUUAUACUAGCAAGUUGUCGAUCGAAGACUGCCGUUACUCUAUCGCCAGUAUAACGAUUCGAGGUGCCAAAGCUCUUACUGCAUUAUCCAGCGUUGUAAGAAGCCACGCCACUUCUCAAUCAUUUGAGCAGUUCAUGAAAAUUCGCAAAAUAACGGAUGAAACUGUAUUACCAUCUAAAUGUAUGUUUGCCUUUGAGGCCAUCGAUCCACGACACUUAGCUUCACCAAAAAUGAUAAACUCUCAGAAAUGCAACAAGCCACUCACUGUAGAUGAAAUUCUGGCGCUUCAAAAUAAGUUUCCGCAAGACGAAUUCAAUUCUGUUUUAUCCAAGUUAACCACUGUGGAGGGCAGAGAAACAUCGUAUAAAAACCAAAAUACCUUAAAACAGUUGGCACGUAGACGUCGACAAUUGUUGACAAAGGAGCAACCCAAAACAGCCGUCCCAUUUGACAAAGACCAGGAUCCUACAAUUCCGUUGCUGAUUAUGAGGAGACCGAAGAAUGAAGACUGGGUGGUCCUGUUACCUUGGUUUUGGCAUUUGCCCUUUUGGUAUCAGCUGAACAGGAUCUCCAGAGUGUAUCAUUCAGGACUAAGACAGACGCAGCAGCUAGCAUACGAAUCUGGGAAAUUGUACUUCCCUGACGAUUAUCCAUUUACUCACGAGGGUGAGAUGGAGAAUGCUGUUUACAAAAGGCAGGCACGGAAAAAUAAGUGGGUUAAGAAACCCUUAGGUAAAAGAAUCAAUUUUGCAAAGCUUGAGGACAUCCAUUUGUCAGAGCUUCCUGCGAUAAGCGGCGAGAUUGGCGACUAUUUCAGCUGUGACUGGAAAUUGUUACAAAUCAUAAAUAACGGUGUGGUUUACUUGAAACAAUCGAAUGAGGGCACACUGCCAAUGAUAUGUCCGAAUAAGACAACUCAAUUUGACGACUGUAAAGGAAGGAUGGUGAACUACUUCAAUGACGUACUAGAAGUCUACAAAGAUAUUGUGGCAAACAAAUUCGAGAUAAACAGUACCACACAAGGACCCUCUAUCGAGUUAUCGAAAAAUAUUGACCCGAUCAAAAAUUAUAGCAUCACUACUAUCUCCGAGAUUUCAGAGAAACCGAUUCCAGUCACUCCCAUAGUGUGUCAUUUAGUGAGAAGAGGCCAUCCGAAAGACAAUGCAAGAAUCUACCGCAUCCCGGAGACCGAUACGGAAUACUGGAUGAAGGUUGCUAAGGGUGUCUACAAGAGUGAUGGUAGGUUAGAUAACGACACAGAAGUGCCACUACCACAGAUCAGCGAUCUCAUUGGGUACAUUACAUCCGGUACUUAUCACUUCGGAGAGGGGAAAGGCGUGGGUAACGGGUUUGUCACCACUGUAAUUACGGACACACUGCCACAAUACGUAUUGCUGCGUAACGUCGGUACCAACAUAUACAGACUGGCCAAAUGCACCAAGAUAAAGCUGUGA